CAAAUGGAUCACCUCAAUCGUCUUUAAAAUUAAAAUUUAAAAAAAAAAAAAAAAAAAAUCGAACUCAUAAUAAACACCUUUUCCAGGACACCCCAUGACAAAUUAAAUUAUCAGAAAAUUAAUUUAAAUUAGUAGAGAUAAAAAGAUUGAGAAUGAUAUAUUAUCAUAAUUCAUAAUAUAUAUGUUUAGUUAAAAGCCAUCUCUAUAGCCUACCAACUUUUACUCCAAAUAGUUUCAUCUCGUGGCGACGUUAAUAUAUAAAUUGUAAUCGAAAUUGAUUCGAUUAAAAUCAAUUUUUUGGUGCUUUUGUUUACCAUACGUGAGUUUUGAAUCUGAUACUUUUCUUCUAAUCUUUUCCCUCUUUAGUAAUCUUGUCUUCUGCUUUAAUUGUUUUCUUCAUAAAUCCUCUCUUCGCCUCUCAAUAUAAAUAACCCUAAAAUCGCACUCACAAUAUAUAAAUCUCAUUCAUUAUAUUCAUCAUUUUUAUUUUUUGUUCAUCAUGGCGGGUCGUAAUUUUGGUCGCAUGUACCGUUUUUCUUCUGCCAACCGACCUUUAGCUCCCGCCACCAAUACUUCAGGCCAAGAUUCGGCUCAGUACGAUCGCCGACAGUAUCCUUCGGCCACCCGAGACACGUCGCUGGAACCCCGGUCGUCGCCGCCACGAAUUUCGCUGAGGAAAGAUGAUCCACCCCUUCCUGCUUCUCCCACGUACUCUAUCAAGAAGGCUACUUCUCCGCCUUCUUCUCCGCCGUAUAGGGGUAUGGCUGCUCGUGAGAUCAGCUCGCCGCCUAAGAUGGUGGAUGAAUACCCCAAGUAUAAACCUAUUACUCAACCCAGGUCGCCGGAGGCCAAACAAAAACCAGGGAUCCACAAGACGACGACGGUCGAGAAGGUGACGAAAUCGGACCGUUAUCAUGAGCCGAGCAAAACAGUGUCAUCCCACAAGGGGCAACAACCAAAUGCAAUUAACAUCAAGGGAGAAAAUGUUGGGGCAGUAAUGGAAAUCGUUGAGUCGUCAAAACGGGAAGGGGGACAUAUGAUAAAGAAGAUCAAAGAGACAGCAAGAGGAAUUUUAAACAACAACGACAUGGCCAAUGAUCAAAAUAACGAAGCUUCAAAAACAACUAAUUCCUCGAUGCCAACAAACACUUUUCUGAAUAGCAAUUUUCAGAGUGUCAACAAUUCCCUUCUUUACAAUGCAAAUUUGACUCACCGUGACCCCGGUUUACACCUUUCCUUCUCUCGGAACCCCACCGGUGACCGGUUCCCUGUUGAUGACAAGAAACAACAUCACACAAAAUACUAGAGAAAGACAGAGGAUGGAGAUAAAACAAAAUAUAUGAUAUAUUAUAUUGUUAUGUUUUAUGAAAAUAAAAUGAAUUUUAUAUGCUGAUUUUAUGUAACGGAGAGAUCAAAAUGAGGGUUUAAGUUUUAUUAUGUGUGGUUCAGUGGUUGACUUUGGCCAUUUAUUCACGUAUGUUGAAUAAUAUGCGUUUGGAUAUUCUAUUA